AUGGAAAGUGGGGUGCUUGACCAGAUUAACAAUUUAAAGACUGAGUUCAAAGCCACAAUGUGCAACCUGUUGGCCUACAUAAAAUCCUGCAGAGGCCAAAACGAUGCAGCCCUGAAAUACCUACAGCAAGCUGAAGCAUUCACCCAGGAAGCCCACGAUGGUCAUCAAGCAGAACUCAGAAGUCUGGUCACCUGGGGAAAUUAUGCCUGGGUCCACUAUCGCAACGGAAAUAUCCCAAAAUCUCAGAUCUAUGUAGAGAAGGUGAAACAAAUCUGUGACAUGUUUUCAAGCCCUGACAGUAUUCAGUUUCCAGAGCUGUAUAAUGAGGAAGGUUGGGCACUGUUAAAGUGUGGGAAGCAAAAUGAAAGGGCCAUGGUGUGUUUUCAGAAGGCUCUGGAAAGGAAACCAGACAACCCAGAAUUCACCACUGGACUUGCCAUUGCCGUAUACCGUCUGGAUGAGAGUCUGCCACGUGAGAAUCUCAUUGAUCUUCUGAAGAAAGCCAUACAGCUGGAUCCCGAAAAUCAGUAUGUUAAAGUCCUCCUGGCCCUGAAACUCCAAAAGAUGAAUAAAAUAAAAAGUGCAGAGAGUUUGGUUGAAGAGGUCUUGUUGAAUGCCCCUUGUACAACAGAUGUGCUUGAAAAGGCAGCAAGGCUGUAUUAUUAUAAAGGUGACCUAGAUAGAGGCAUAGAACUGCUGCUAAUGGCCCUUGAAUCCGUGCCUGACAAUUCCUAUCUGCAAUUUACAAUUGGUAGUUACUAUAGAAAAAAAGUCCUCCAAAAAGUACCAGGAAAGAAGUACAUGUCUCCUGAGGAAAAACAGAAGUUUGAGGAACUAAUACAGCAAGGUUUGUAUCAUUUAAGGAGAGCUAAUGAGAUCAAUGGACAUUACUCUACUACCUGCCUCUAUAUUGGUGACCUCUAUAACAUAAGAUGUGAUUUUGAAAAUGCAGACUUUUACUACAGGCAAGAGUUCACCAAGGAACUUACUCCAGUAGCCAAACAAAGGAUCCACCUGCAUUAUGGCAACUUUCUGUUGAACCAACUGGAGGAUGAACACACAGCAAUCUACCACUUUAAGGAGGGUGUGAAAAUACAGGAAGAAUCAUAUGAGAAAGAAAAGAUGGAAAAAGGCCUGCAAAAAAUUGCCAACGAGUUUUAUCGAAAAGGAAAACAUGCCCAGGCUGAGUCCAUUUUAGAAUUCCUUCAGGAGCAGAAGAGAGAAAUGCAGCCAGCACGUGACAUAUCUGAGAGGGGUUUAGACUCCUGA